UGCGCAGUGGGGCGGUGCCGGGGGCGGGGCGCGGCGGCCGUCAGCUGACUGUGGCGGCGGCGGCCUCGCGGUGACGACCGUUGGCGUCGCAGGCUCCCCCGGGGCGCGAGGGCUCGUCUGGCCUCUCUCGGGUCGGCGGGGCGGCCGCAGCACCAUGGCGACCACCGUCAGCACGCAGCGCGGUCCGGUGUACAUCGGGGAGCUGCCGCAGGACUUCCUGCGCAUCACGCCCACGCAGCAGCAGCAGCAGAUCCAGCUGGACGCGCAGGCUGCCCAACAGCUGCAGUACGGAGGGGCGGUGGGCGCCGUGGGCCGCCUCAACGUCACCGUGGUGCAGGCAAAGCUGGCCAAGAACUACGGCAUGACCCGCAUGGACCCCUAUUGCCGACUGCGCCUGGGCUACGCGGUGUACGAGACGCCCACUGCCCACAACGGCGCCAAGAACCCUCGCUGGAACAAGGUCAUCCACUGCACUGUGCCGCCGGGCGUGGACUCCUUCUAUCUGGAGAUCUUCGAUGAGCGCGCCUUCUCCAUGGAUGACCGUAUCGCCUGGACCCACGUCACCAUCCCCGACUCCCUGAAGCAGGAGGGCGCAGUGGAGGACAAGUGGUACUGCCUGAGCGGGAGGCAGGGCGAUGACAAGGAGGGCAUGAUCAACCUCGUCAUGUCGUACUCGUUGCUGCCGGCCGCCAUGGUGAUGCCGCCCCAGCCAGUGGUGCUGAUGCCGACCGUGUACCAGCAGGGCGUUGGCUACGUGCCCAUCGCAGGAAUGCCUGCCGUCUGCAGCCCCGGCAUGGUGCCCGUGGCGGUGCCCCCGCCAGCCGUGAGCGCCCAGCCGCGCUGCAGCGAGGAGGACCUGAAAGCCAUCCAGGACAUGUUCCCCAACAUGGACAGGGAAGUGAUCCGUUCCGUGCUGGAAGCCCAGAGGGGGAACAGGGACGCCGCCAUCAACUCGCUGCUGCAGAUGGGCGAAGAGUCCUAGACUUGCCGCCGCCUUGCUGCCACCGGCGCUUUGGACUUGCCAACCCAGGGGUUCCCCAGGCAACACUGUCCCCUCCAGAUUCCUGUGAAAAAGUCCCCGUAGCCCCUCGGACCCUGUGUCACCUGUCCACCCCUGCUCUGGGACGCAUGUGGGUUCGGUCCCGGUAGCCGCGCUUGCCCUGGGCCCCGGAGGGUGGGCUUCUCCCCUCCUGCUCUGGUGUUGGGAGGCAGAGCAGGGACGGUGUGCUUGGCACAGACUCGCUGUCCUGCUGCCUGGGGACAGGGUCUCCCUUCUCACGCUGUUCUGGACAAUGUUCUUGUUGUAGAAAGCGGCAGCCCCGCCAGGGUGCAGAGAUUGCCGAGCCCCCUUCUGAUCCCAUAAACGGCAUUUAGUUAUUUGACUUGUUGAGAUAGACAUGUUAAUUUAAGGCACACACAUCCAUCCGCGCUGAUUCGGGAGUCAUUUUUAGAGCGGCCAAGCUGAAACUCAGGUCCUUCCCCCGAUGCUCUGUUUACCUGGGCCCCUCCCGUCUGUGUCUGGUGCAGGCGAGCUGAGCACGGGCAGCCUCCUGCCAGCACCCGGCAGGACCCGCCUCUCCCUGGCUUGCCUUGCCCGUCUGCCAGUCCCGUGAAUGCAGGACGCGUCCAGACCAGACGGCACCGGAGGCCGGGAUGUGCUCACCCGCCCCUCUGCCCUGCCGUGUUCCUGCUGGCCCCAGGGUGUCCUCCCAAGGGGACGUCGCAAGAGUCUCUUGUGGCAGAGCUGAGGUUAGAGUGGAAGGUCACAGACGCAGCCUGCUGCAUGUUUGCUGAAGGGAUCUGGGUUCGGCCGCCAACGGCCGUGCAGGCGACCGGCAUUGCGGAUUCGGUCUGGGAGAGGAAUGGAAAUCCGGUGAAUGUGAGCACUCUGAGACCUUCCGGGGGCUGGAGGUGCCCUGCACCUGACCACCUGUCACCAUGCGUAGCAUCUUGGGUUGCAGGACAGAGUGGGUGGCACCUAGUCGUGAAGAUCAGAAAUUUGAGAAAUUUCUCAAAAGUGAUGAAUGCACUUUAAACAAUACUCAUACCGUUGAGAGCGCGUGCACUGUUGCUUGUCUGCGAUGUCUGGUUUGCGCUGAACCGCAGUUGCUGGUGUUUCUCUCCAGUGUCUGCUCCAGCCGUGGGCGCCAGCCCCGCUGCUCGGACGUGCAGGCAGACGCUGACCCUCUGGGCUCUGCGAAGGGUGUAGAAUGAGGAAGUUGGCACUCGAGGGUCAGUCUUUCCCCCCCAAAUUAUAGGUUAAGUUUUAGUGUCAGCUAGAAAAUACUGCUUUGUGCCCCCUGGUGGGGGUGCUAUUUGUCAAAUACGUUGUUGAUAAAUAUGUAUUUUUGUAAUCCUGAAGACGGGCGUGGUGGUUUUGGGGGUUUGGUGGCACCAGGUGCUGUUCUUCAGUUGUGGGGCCACCAGGGUCCUGAUCUCGUGUGAGGAAGGACGACCGCAUCGGGUCAGCAGACUUGGGCCCCUCGCCUUGAGGAAGCCGAUGGCAGGAGUCAUCCGUCGCAGCCUCGGGCUUGUGCCUGUGUGGCGGGCUGCUUCUCAGGUGGGGCUGAAGGUGUUGGGCAGGACUGUGACUUUCUAGAUCAUUUGUUUAGUGACAUUGACAGGCCUGACACGGUGGAACUCGAGCCGGCGCUGGGGGCAUUGGCGCCCGGGUUCCCAGGCGUGGCCGCCACACCAGUUUCUGCCUUAAUGUUGCUGGGAGGCCUCCAGACUGCCUCGCCUGCGUGUGCGUCUCUUGGAGAGGACGCUCCGUGUUUCUGCCGCCUGCCCCAGGAGCAGCAUGGGGGACCCCUGGGAGGGAGCACCCCGGGGGCUGGCGCUGGUUCCAGGGAGAGCGAUGGUUUCAAGGUGACCCACGCUUACUGCCAUCUUUUGUUUUUCUUUUUGAUGAACAUUUUAUUUUUUUAACAGAGCAAAGAAAGAUUACGUUUAUAAGGCCUUUGGUUAGAUGAGAUUCCUCUUUCCUUCACGUUAUGCCGUUCUCCUGUUCCGAGGUUGAUUACCUGAAGCAGCUUGUUCAGAACAGCGGGAAAGGACGUUCCUCCGCAGCGCCUGUGCAGACCCUCCCGAGUGACAGCACCGUCCUGCCUCCGCCCCGCCAGCGUCUGCACACUGGGGAGAGGCUCGCUCCCCAGCUCGAAAGCGGAGGCCACGGCUGGUUUGGGGCCUGAGCUUAAGCUUAGACAGGCCCCAGGUGUCCGGGGGCUGCUCCCGCUCCCGGGUUUGCAGAUGCAGGUGGUCAGUGGAAGCUGCAUGGCUGGGCCGUCCCCACGCCUCGGGCAGGGCCGCUGGCAAGGCCUGGCUGUGUUUUCUUCCGCUUGGCCGAGGCUGGUUGGUGGGAGUCAGAGCCCAGAGCACACCCGUGGUCUGAGGGAGCCCCGGCGAGUCCCACCUGGGCUGCGUUGGUGACUCGAGGGCAGGGGGGGUGGGUUCCUCCCCCGGCCUCGAACGGCACCCGCAGGCGCCACCUCUCCCCCGACAGACACCGCGGGUAUCGGCUGUACUGCGCUCCUCACAGGCGUUGGCGGGAACGAUCCUCACAACUUAGUGUUUCUGCUUAUUUUGUUGGGGUCCAGAUGUCCAGAUUCUUUCCUUGAUUGUAAAAUAUAUUUUUACUUUUUAGGUUUCUAACUUAAUAAAUGAUCCAUAUAAAAAUAGAGAAAUAAAGUCCUUUAAGGGGAAGUU